CUCCAAUAAAUGCUGAAAGGUGAAGAUACAUGUGGAAGUUCGCGUGGGACCCAUUUUUCACUAGUGUAUUUCAUUACUUUGGUUCAUUUUCCUCUUCCAGAAUCCAGACCUUUGCUUUCCUUUUCUUCUUUCCAUCGAGACCUUCUGUGUGAAGGAAAAAAGUCUCCUGGAUUUUCUCUCAACUAUCUUAUAAUCCAAUUAAAUUUGAUUCCUUUUCUUCCAUCUCCAUUCAAGUCUGUUCUGUUCUGUUAUCCUCCUACCUCAUAUUCAUAAUCUAUACUGUGUUAUCCAGUAAAAAGGACGAGGCGGUUGGGGACAGAGAGCAACAGAUUGAUGGACAAUUUGCUUUGUGAUGAACUCGUUCAAGAAAUAUUUCAGCGCCUCCCGCCAUCCACCUCCUCCGCCGUCCCCCUCGUCUGCAAACGGUGGCUAUUCCUCCACCGCAUCUCCAAGUCUUCCCUGUCCGUCCGCUUGCCUACCCAUCCUUCUUUUGUCCCCUCCUUCUCUUCUUUACUCUCUCGCUACCCUCGUCUCACUUCCCUUACCGUCACCCCCGAUCACUCCACCCCGCUCUUCUCACUGACCCCGGAUGCCGAAGCAGAAGCGCCUAGUGGGGCCUCCUUGUUUUGGGAUCACCACCUUCUUUCUGUGGCUUCCAAUUGUCGUAAUCUCCGUCAUCUUCGAUUCCUAGCUGGACCGGUUUCGCCCUCUGCUCUCGUUUCUCCCUCGUCCUCCUGCAAACACCUCACUUCUCUCAGCAUCUCCUCUUUUAGGCCCUUCUGCUUCCGCUGGCUCACCUCUUUUCCCUCUCUCAAAGAGCUCUCCGUUGUUGAUUGCGGCGGCGCUAAUUCCAAUGACUUCUCCACUCUAAAAUUUGACUCCGAUUAUGACGACGGAGUCCCUUCCUCUCAGCCAUCGUCUGAAAUGGAAUUGCCAUUGGAAUUUCUCUGCUUGUCGGGAAUUGGUGCCGGUGAUCGCGGGAUGGGCUGGCUGUGGAAGAGCUGCACGAAGCUUCGGAGGCUACAGUUGCGAAGCUGUGAAGGUACCGGCGACGGCGCCUCGUUUUCUUCCUUUGUAAGUUGUUUGCCGGGUCUUCAAGAAUUGGAGCUCAGAACUUGUAGGACUAUCGCGGAUGGGGUCUUAUUACGGUUAGCUGAGCACGGCGGGUCUCUGAACUCUCUCCUUUUAUAUGAUGGGGGUAGCAGGGAUGGUCUCCACCAUUUUAUAAGUCGAUGCAGCUGUACCUUGCAGAGGCUUGACCUGCGUUUACCUCUUGACCUCGAUAACGACCACCUCUCUGCUGUUGCAGAGAAUUUCCGGUGUCUUGUGAGCCUUCGACUCCAAAGUUGUUGCCUUGUGACAGGUGAAGGACUCAAGACACUGGGAACGGCGGUGAGCAGUGAACUUGAAGAAUUGGCCCUCAUUAACUGCGACGUAAUUGAAAGAGAACCUGGGUUACUAACCACUUUGGCCCAGAACCUAAGUGAGCUUAAGAAAUUGGAUUUGUCUUAUAACGAGAUGUUGGUCGAUAAGGAAUUUGUUUCAAUGCUCGUCUCCUGUAAAAAUCUGGUUGAUAUCAAGCUAAGAGGAUGCAGAAGGCUCACAAAUGCCACACUGGUUUCUAUGCUCAAAAUAUGCAAACUUUUGGAGAAUCUGGACAUUCUACAGUGUUAUGGGAUUGGGGUUGAGGCAGUAGAGCUCUUUGUUUUGAACUCCCCCAGAUUAAGGCGGGUUCGGGUUGAAGAAAGCAAGCUCUCUGCCGUUGCUAAGGUUUCGGCAUCCCAGAAAUUCAUUGAAAUUGUCAGUUAAUGGUUGAAUUGAUGAAGAGAACCAAUUCAUCAUAUGUGAGGAUUCAAAAAGAAACAGGUUCAUGUAUAUAACCCUCCACUCUCUGUGGAGUUGAAUGCAGAUGUUUCUGUUGUUUAAGCCAUGAAUAAUAUUUAUCUAUAGUUAUCCUACGCUUUGUUAAUAAUCAUGAUAAAUCGGUUAUUGUGUAUGCUAUUCAACGCAUACUUAUUGUAUCAGUCAUGAACCUUGAAUGUCAUUGAUAGGGGAAAAUGUUGUAUACAUAUACUUUCUGUUGUUCUGUUUUUUUUUUUUUCCCUUUCAUUCUUCAGAGUUGAAGAAUUCUACAGAUAGUUCCGAAGCAGUAAGCACUUCUGCUCCAUUUGAUAAGAACUAAGAACUUGUCUCAACUUAUUCAAGCUUCUUUGUAAUUUCUCUUUCCAGUUCAAAUAUGAUUAUACAUGUCAGACUUGUAAUCUAAACUUCAUAUUGCAAAUUUUGGUUCUAGUAUUAUC